CGGCACAGCCAGAGAGAUUCCCGUGGAUGUCUCCGGUGUCCACUUGUACACAGCGUCAUAGCCGUAUCCCGCGCGCUCCCGAGAGUAGAAGCUAGCUCGCCGUUGCCGUCGGCGUCGCGUCCAUGGAAAUGGUGGAGUGCUCCCUCGCCGCCACACUGGCCCCGCGCCCGCUGCCCGGCCGGGUCCGGAAGGCCCCGCCGCGGCCGGGCGUUCUUGCGGGGAGGGCGAGGCUCCGGGUGCGGUCGGCGAGGGGGGAGCAGCCUCCGCCGCCGGAGCCGGUGGCAGUCCGGGGCGCUUCUGGGACGGAGCACGGCGGCCGGGCGCUGGGGCAGGCGGCGGCGGGGCUCGCCGCCGCGGCCGUGGUGUCGCUGACCGGGUUCGCCGGUGACGUGUCCCCGCUGCCGACGCCGCCGGCCCGGGCGGAGUCGCUCACCGUCGCGUUCCCCGUCGCAAAGGCGCGCGAGGUGAACCGGGUGCAGAGGACGCUGGUGGAGGCGUGGGGUCUGAUCCGUGAGACCUUCGUGGAUCCCACCUUCAACCAUCAAGAUUGGGAUCAGAAACUGCAGCAAACCAUGGUAGAAAUGUUUCCACUGAAAUCGGCUGACGCGGCCUACAGUAAAAUCAGUGGGAUGCUUUCCACGCUUGGCGACCCAUUUACAAGGAUCAUCAGCCCGAUGGAGUAUCAGAGUUUCAGGAUAGGAAGCGAUGGAAAUGUGCAAGGGGUUGGGGUGUUCAUAAACAGGGAGCCAAGCACUGGACGCUUGCUUGUUAUGGACUGCAUUCAGGGGGGCCCAGCAGAUAGAGCAGGCAUACAUGAAGGCGAUGAGCUAGUUGAGAUAGAUGGGAAGAGUGUUUCUGGAUUGGAUGGAGAGGCUGCGGCUCAGAGGCUUCGAGGCCGUGUAGGAACAACAGUGAAAGUGAAACUAUUAGAUGGAACUGACAAUGAUAGGGGUGGCAGGAGUAGGCAAAAAGAGGUCCAGCUGUCUCGUGAAAUCAUCAACCUUUCACCUCUAUCAACUACAAUUAUCUCUCAUAGGUCGGACGAUGGCCAUGAGUGCAAGACUGGGUAUGUUAGACUAGCUGCCUUUUCUCAGACUGCUGCAGCUGAAAUGGAAAAUGCUGUAAAAAGGAUGGAGGAUGAGGGUGUCGAAUCAUAUAUUCUAGACCUGCGGAAUAACCCAGGUGGAUUAGUAAAAGCUGGUCUCGAUGUGGCUCAAAUUUGGUUGGAUGGAGAUGAAACUCUCGUCAACACUAUUGAUCGCGAGGGAAAUGUGCUACCGAUAAAUAUGAUCCAAGGGCAUUCGUUAACACAUGACCCUCUUGUAGUGCUUCAUAGGUCAAUGAAGGAAGUGCAAGUGCAAGUGAAAUCUUGGCAGGGGCAUUACAUGACAAUGGGCGAGCUAUUCUGGUCGGUCACAGAACCUUUGGUAAAGGAAAAAUUCAGAGUGUCACUGAGUUGGAUGAUGGCUCUGCUCUGUUUAUCACGGUUGCGAAGUACCUCUCUCCAGCACUGCAUGAAAUCGAUCAAGUAGGAAUCCAGCCUGACAUACAAUGCAGCCCUGAUAUACUAUCCUUGCCGAGAGCGCCUUCGCUGAGAGAAAACAGCGAAGCCACAAGUUUGGAGAUGGAUUCAUGUAUCAUGGUGGCAGAGCAAGCAUUGGAAAUUGAGCAAACGAAAGGUUCUGCUUCUUAGAUGUUCAGCUUAUGGGCUCUGUAUAUUCUUGUAUUCUACUGUAGGUUGUAUAGCUGAUAGUAUAGACUGAUAAAGCGCUGUCACGCUAUGUUUGAUAGUAUAGGUUGUAUAGGCUAACUGAUCCUCACAUGUUUGAUUUUAGACAUCAUUUAUUAGGCUGUUCAUGGGAAUGUGUAUGAGUUGACCUUGUCAUAUGCCUGUGUUGCAUUGAUUCUCAACAUGUAUUAUCAGAAAUUCAGAAUUAUAGCAUGUAAA